GCGCUGAGUUUAUUUUCGUUCCUUCUUGUCUUCCAGCCCCCCCGAUUGGCGUCGGACACAGGCCCGGUUCCUGAGGGUUUCUCCUCAUCACCAUGAGCACGGCGUCGACAAUACGGACUCAGCCCCUCGGCGCCUUGACCAUUCCGGGGGACCCGUACUCGGUGUUUGUGCUGAAGGAGGGCUACGCCUACACGGACGGUGACGGUAACACCAGAGCGGACGGCACAAUAACGCUGCUGAAGGGGAGCCAUGUGGUUUUGGUGGACACCGGCAACCCCUGGGACAGGGACCACCUCCUACAGAGCUUGGGGGCCCACGGCCUGGAGCCUGAGGAUGUCUCGCUGGUGGUCUGCACCCACGGCCACUCGGACCACGUCGGCAACCUCAACCUGUUCCCCGAGGCCACCAUCGUGGUUUCUCACGACGUCUGCCGACGAGGGGACGUCUACCUCAGCCAGGGCCUGGCCUCAGGCCUCCCGUAUCGGGUGGAUGACUGGGUGGAGGUGUUCCCCACGCCUGGGCACUGCGCCGGCGACGUGAGCGUCCUGGUGAGGGGCACGCGGGAGGGCGCGGUGGUGGUGGCUGGGGACCUGUUCGAGAGGGAGGGUGACGACGGGGCUUGGCAGCUCCUGAGUGAAGCCCCCGCGCUCCAGGCCGAGCACCGCGGGAGAGUGCUGGAGAUGGCCAGCGUCAUCAUCCCAGGGCACGGGCCGCCCUUCCGGGUCAUAAAGGACAGGUCAGCCUGCUCCACUGUGACCCCCAGCCCCAGCCACACCCACACCCACACCCACACCAGCACCGGCUUUGGUUAACCCUUCACCU